AUGUAUCCAGAGAACUGGACUCGGGUAACAGAAUUUGUGCUAAUGGGUUUCCCUGGUAGCUGGACCCUACAGCUCAUGCUGUUCCUGGGGCUUCUGGUGACAUAUAUGGUGACAAUCCUGGGUAACUUGCUCAUCAUUGUGCUUAGCUGGUUGGAUCACCGCCUGCACACCCAGAUGUAUUUCUUCCUGAGAAAUCUGUCCCUCCUGGAGCUAGUGUUAGUCUCUGUUGUUGUCCCUAAGAUCCUGGUCAGCAUCUUCACCAGGGACUACUCUAUCUCUUUUGCUGGCUGCAUCAUGCAGUCCUACCUCUAUUUCCUCCUGGGAACCACUGACUUCUUCCUCUUGGCUGUCAUGUCCCUGGACCGCUAUCUAGCCAUCUGCCGUCCUUUACACUAUGAGACCCUAAUGAAUCGGCCCAUCUGUGUCAGACUAGUAAUAGCUUCCUGGAUUGCUGGUUUCCUUUGGGUGCUCUGUCCUACUAUCCUCAUGGUUAACUUGCCUUUCUGUGGCCCUAAUGUCAUUGACCACUUCUUCUGUGACAGUUGGCCACUUAUUCAACUCUCUUGUGGGGAUACUCAACUUCUGGAAUUUGUAGCCUUUAUACUUUCCACAGCUGUUCUUCUGAGCUCCCUGACACUGACCUCUGUCUCCUAUGCCUGUAUUCUUGCUACUGUCCUCCGGACUCCAACAGCCACAGAACGGAGGAAAGCCUUUUCUACCUGUGCUUCACAUCUCACCAUGGUUGUCAUUGUCUAUGGAAGCUCCAUCUUCCUUUAUAUCCGCACAUCAGAGGCCCAGUCUAUGCUUCUUAACAAAGGGGUCUCAGUCCUGGGUUGCAUUAUCACCCCACUUCUGAAUCCAUUCAUCUUUAGCCUCCGUAAUGAUAAGGUGAAGCAGGCCCUCAUGGAUGCCCUGGGAUGGCACAGGAACAUGGAUGCCAGAAAGCUGUAA